GUUGUGAUCGGGGAAAAUAAAAUUACGUGAAAUCGAGAGAAAUGGCAGGAUUUCGUGAUGUGCAUAGUGGAAGACGGCGUAAAAAUGGACCAGAUACAUCUACGAGAAGUCAUCAAGAGUGGCAACAAUUAUGUGGGGAGUUCAACAUUUGUAAGAGAAAGCUCCAAGCCAAAUCAGAUGCCCUUCUUGUUCUUGCCAAGGAACUUGACAACGUGAGGCAAGAGAAAGACGCUUAUAAACUCAUGGCGGAACAACUAAGAGAAAAAUUUCAUGAACAGAGGAAAAAAUAUGAGGAGAGAGAAAGGGCACUUGGGUUAUCUCUACAUGAUGGCGAUCCACUAGCUGAGCGGAGAAAUCAUACCCUCGUGCAGAUUCUGUGUGAAUCCCGAGCAAAGAAUCGCAAAGCCGAGUUAGAGUUGGUAGAUCUACGCCAGAAGCUAUCGGAAGCAGAGGGAGAUAUCAAGCUUCUAAGAGAGAGCAUAGCUAGACAGCGUAUCGGUGAUGAAGGGAUCGGCACCAGGCACUUCCCUGCUCACGAGAGGGAAGAAUUGAUUAGACAGCUGGAGAAGUCAAGAGAACAGAUUGAGAGCCUGGAGCGAGAUAUGGUGGCUAAGAUCGACGACCAACAAGAGUUUGUAACGGAGAGGGAUUAUUACCGAACCAAGACAGAGAGGCUCAACCAAGAACUCAACUACGUCUUAGGAGGAGAUGACAGGAGGAUCGUUGAUGUUGAUGCCCUCGUCAUGGAAAAUAAAUAUUUGAAGGAGAGGAUGAAUCAGAGUCUGGAAGAAAAAGCCACUUUGCAAGCAACGAUCAACAAAUAUAAGACUGCUCUUGAGAGGAGGAGAGGUAAAGGGAUCACCAAACCAGGCGGAGGAUCAGGUGCUGUUCUAUCUACCAAAGAUGUUGAGAAUCUGCUUGCGCAGGGAAAGUCUGGUGGAAUCUCGGCAUCACCGUCAUCUGUAGGUGACCUUCAGGCUCUCGCUACUUCUCUCUUGGAAACGGUUCAUGAUAAAAACAUGGCUCUGUCUCAUCAAAAGAACACCAACAAGAUCCUUGGUAAGAGAGUGGCUGAGUUAGAGAAGAAACUCAAGACUUUGGAGGUAGCUGGUCUGUGGACAUUACCGGCUGGGUCAGGAGCGGGAGCUCGGAAUGCAGCGUUUCUGGCCAAAGAGAAGCAGAACAUGGCAUCUGGGUUGAAGACCCUUCUUCCACACCAAGUUUCAAGCAGCAGCGAUGACAGCCCCAAGAGUCUAGAUGGCACUUCCAGUCAAGGGUCCUCUACCAGGUCAACCCCACACAGUACACCCUCUCAUGGCAUCGGCCAUAAAGAGCUGUCGAGAAAGGACACGGAAGACAGCCUGAUCUUGUUGGAAGAGACAGAUGGAACAGCUAAGGACACAGAAUCACGGUCUAGGUCACAGAGCUCCCCAACCAGACAUGGCCAGGUUGAUGUUGAGCUAACCAGGAGGGACACAGACAGGAGUUUGGUUGCAAAAGAAGGUCAGAAGACGUUAGUGAAAGUCAGAUCAAUGUCACAAGACUCUCCAUCCCACCGCUGCCACCAAAAUGAUCUGGUUAAGACACGCACUGAGAAUAGCCUCAUCACCUUGGAAGACGACCAUGAAAACUGUGUAGGAGAAGAAUCAUCAAGUGAUCCUUGGCAGGUUCCUCCAGGAGAGAAACGAAUGAGUGAAGAUAAGGAGGGGUCAGAAAUAUGUAUUGAUGUCAACGAUAGGGAUGCGUCGGGCGGAGGAGACGCCCAUGGCAAUGUCAACGCUUCAGCUGAGAGAGCGCUGCUCAAGAACAUCUUUGAAAUCGAGCGAGGACACGCAGAUGGAAGCGAUGACCAUGUGGACGAUAUGUGCGAUGGCAGCAACAAGGAUGAUGAGGAAAUCCUGGAUGAUCUUGAUGCUGCGAUAGAACCUGAGGGUCUUGAGACAGAUGUUCUGGAGGAAGGGGACAAGCUCAUGUCAUCCUGGAUGGAGACGGAUGGUGAUCCAUCUACGGGGGCGACCAUCAGUACCAGUUCCCUUGAGAACCUCUUUGACAGUGUGGCUGACCGGCUCACAUUGAAGAACAAAGAGAAGAUACAACUAGAGAGUACAGAAUCCACUCAACCGUCAUCACCCCUGCUCAAAAGAGAUAAACCUUCACAUCUUGUGGUUGUAGACAAUACUCCUCAAUGUGUCUAAAGUCAUACUACUUCAAUCUUCCAUAAGUGUUGCAUUAAAAAAUGAACAUUGCUGAAAUGUCAUCGAGUUGUUGGUCAAUUCUGAUAUCCUGUAUUCAUGCGGAUGAUAUGCUAUGAUGUUCUAACAAAAUAUGUUUUAGGAGGACAAUCACCUUUUAUUUCAGUGUGCUUAGUUUGGUUUGGGGUUUCAUUGGUUAUUUUCUUGAAAGAGAUAUUUAUCAAUUGAAUUUAUACAGAAACUCGACUAAAGAACAGGCUAAAUGGAAUAAGCAAAUACUAGAAAGUUCACACAGCUGGGAGCUAUCAAGCUUUUCUUUUUAUUAGCUAUUAUAAAAAGUCAUGUUUUUAUUAUUUUUUGUCUUUCUAAUUUAGAAUGGUUCUAAACUAUCGUACACAUUGGCUUGUGUUUGAAAAUGGUUCAUUGUAAAAUGCUUGACCCAUUUCCAUUCAUCAGGAAAGUGACAAUGUGCUUCAGAAUUAUUUUAACCUUGUUGAAAAGUUCGAACAUUAAAAAAAAAAGAAAUUGGCCUUAAACGCAGAUGUAGAAAGAUAUGUACUUCUAGUUCUUGAGUAAUGCUUUUCAUAUGAGCAAUUGCUUUCUUGUGCAGUGUAUUCCAUGUUAAAAUGGAUAUC